CAGUAUACUGUUUUUAAUGUUUUAUUCCCUUUAGAUCUACCUGGACAUGUAGAAAGUGGCGUUUUAUUUCCCCCUAGUGUCCAGAUUGUGUAACUGUUUCAACCUCCAUCUUUUGUUUACUUCCUGUUUAACUCGACUGUUUCCUGUGAUGACAAGCUAGAGCUACUGGAUUUAAUAUGUUAAGAACAGUCACAGCAUGUAGGUGAUAGUUUUUUGUUUUUUACUUAAAGUGCUGAAAAGCUUACUGUGAAAUUGUAAUUUCCACGUCUCUUCAUGCUGCUGCGUCAUCAGCGUAAAGUUGGCAAGUAGCAUACUUGGAGUAUUGCUAGCUUCUCCAAAAUUGAUAGCAAAUGGAUAGUUAUAAAUGAGCAAUGACUUUUAGAUGAAAUUCCUUCUCGUCUUUUUUCUCGUUAUAUGCUUUUUCUUAAAACAAACCGACAGGUUUAUUGACCAAACUGAGUGUUUUAUCUUAACUGGACCAAAGAUAAUUAGCUUAGCAUCACGACCACCUAGACAACGAUGAACAUCCUCCCGAAGAAGAGCUGGCAUGUCCGCAACAAAGACAACGUCGCGCGCGUGCGGAGGGACGAGGCGCAGGCAGCAGAAGAGGAGCGCGAGGCCAAGCGUCGCGUGGAGCGUGCAGAACAGGAGGCACGCACAGAGUUCCUGAGAAGAAAGGCACGGGCUACUCUCCCGUCAGCAGAAGGAAGGAGAGAUGAUGAUGAAGAUGAACAAAGCGGAGCACACUUGGAGCAUCUCAACCUUUUUCCUCUGGAGGAGUCUUCAGAGAAGGGGAAUGAGGAAUAUCUUAAAGAAAAGAAAGAAGAAAAGGAGAAGCAAGAACGAGCCAUCGGCUUACUCGUGUCUUUGGGACCACAGCCCGGCACUGAAGUGACUCCGUGGUACCUGAAAAGCAGCAAAGAGAAAGAGGAGAGGAAAGAAAAGGACAAACAAAAGGGACUGAGUGAAGAGGAGAGAGAGAAGAAGGACUGUAGACUGAAGGACAGUUUGGAUCCCAUGAACGACAUGAAGAAAGCGCUGGGCGUGUACGGAAAACGGGAGCACAAGAAAAAGAAAAAGGAAACGAGGGACAAAGUAGAAAAGAAGAGCGGCGGAGAGAGCUCCUUAGAGAGGUUACGAGCCGAGCGUUUACAGAGGGAGGCCGAGGAGCGGAGGAGAGCUCAGGCCCUCAUCGAGCAGAGGAGCGGCAAACGGAAGGAGGAGGCGAGGGCGGUGGACGACAGAGAGAGGCCGUACAACAGCGCCUACUUCCCAGAACUCGCUCGGAAGCGACAGAGGAGGGAUCGAGAGAGCUGGAGGGAUGAGAUCCUGAAAUCUUAAACUGCUUUUUAAAAAAGGUCAAAAAGCAAAAUCAGUCAAAAAGGCAAAAAUAUUGUAAAGGGCAGAUUUUUACACAAGGCAAAUUGGAAAUUUCGAGCUUCUAGAUUUUGUUUUGUUUGCAUAGUCUCUCGUCCACAGAGGAGCAUCAGUGGUCCUGUGCAGCUGCAUCGCUCAGCUCCUGCAGCGUUUCGCUCAUGAGCGCAUCAGCAGGACAGAUGGUUGUCUUUACGGGGGGCUCCGGCUGUCAACCACGGGCACACUGAGCAUCUGCUAGCAUGGCUCACAUUAUUGUAGAAAGCAUAAAGAAUCUGUUGGUGUGAAAAAAAAACAACAUUCUCCUGAUAAAAUGAGCAUAUUUAAAAACUGAAAAGUAGAAAUGUUUUUAAAAUUACUCACCAUGUUGAGCCUCCAGCUGCAGAUAUUGGAUAUUUUCAACCUCUUUAGAUCAGUGUCUUUUGAUUUACAAACUGUUGGUUGAAUGAAACUAUUUGAAAAUAUCACCUUGGACUCCAGGAUGUUAUGGCUGGUAUUUUUACUUCAGUAUUUUCUUUCUUUCUCUUUUAUAAUGCUGGUAAUAGAAAAUGUUCUAAAUUCUGCUGUAAAAAAAAUCUGCAAAUAAAAAUAUAACAUUUUUGAAAACAGAAA